CGAAUAUAUAUAUCCAAGGAGGGGUCAGAGGUCAAAUUUUGUGGGAGGGACAGAUUAAAGAUUUGCCUGAUCACAGAUUGGAGACGUCUAUCUAGGGAAAUGGCUUUCCUGCAGUGGAGGAGGUUUAAUUUCUUUGACAAGGAAGUUGUGAAGUAUCCUGACAGCACAGAGAUCUUUGCAAAGCUUAAGGACAUUGACAUCACAGCAUCUGCAAGUGGGCGUGGCCAGGUAACCCUGGGUGACUCGGAAGGCAAUCUCUUGUUCCUUGACCGUAACCUGGAGCUGGAUGGUUUCAAGGCCUAUGAGCUGAGGGUGACUCACAUCCACCAGCUCAAGCAACACAACAUCAUCUUCACCAUAGGGCAAGAUGAAGCUGGGACCAACCCCGUCAUUAAAGUAUGGAAUCUAGACAAGCGUGACAAGUCCAACAACCCGUCAUGCAGCAGGAUAACCCGUGCUCUGCCGGGCAGCAACGCAACGGCCAACGUGACAGCCAUAGCAGUCAGCGAGAACCUCAACAUGAUGGCCAUUGGGUUUCAAGAUGGUGCUGUGACGCUCUUCAAGGGAGAUGUGACCAGGGAUAGACACAGCAAGUCACCCAAGGUCGUUCACAAGGGUCGUAUGCAAGUCACAGGUUUGGCAUUCAGACACACUCAGCGAAGUAACGUUCUCUUUAUCUCCACUGAAAACGCUGUCAUAGCUUGUCACAUCGGCGCCAAGGAUGUCCGUACAGAAACCUUGGACAACCAUGGUUGUUCAUCUCACUGUGCAGUCAUCAGUGAUACAACGCAAGACAAUCAGUUUGUCAUUGGCAGAAACGAUGCGGUGUACUUCUACCAGCCAGAUGGGCGUGGCCCUUGCCUGGCAUUUGAGGGGCGCAAGACCAUCCUUCAUUGGUUCAGAGGUUACCUGGUGGUGGUAACCAAGGAUAGCAAGACAAUACCAAGACAGAUAGCAGGAGAAGGCAUGUCCAGGAUGAUGGAUACUGUUACAGUCUACGACAUCCAGAAUAAGUUCAUAGCUUAUUCUGCACCUGUACCAGAAGUCCUGGACAUCAUUCAGGAGUGGGGCUCCCUCUAUGUCCUUGGUGGAGACAGGAAACUGUAUCAACUCCAAGAGAAAGACACUCAGACCAAACUUGAGAUGUUGUUUAAGAAGAAUCUGUAUGUCAUGGCCAUCAACCUUGCCAAGAGCCAGCAUUACGACUACGAUGGACUGAUUGACAUCUUUACCCAGUAUGGCGAUCACCUGUACAGCAAGGGAGAUCAUGAUGGAGCAAUAGCACAGUAUAAGAAGACCAUAGGGAGACUAGAACCAUCAUAUGUCAUCAGAAAGUUCCUUGAUGCUCAGCGGAUACACAACCUGACAGCCUACCUUCAAGAGCUUCAUAAGCAGUCCAUAGCAAAUGAAGAUCACACUACUCUCCUACUCAACUGCUACACCAAGCUCAAAGAUACAAACAAACUAGAUGAAUUUAUCAUGACAAAGGACAAAGAUGUUGACUUUGAUGUGGAAACAGCUAUGAAGGUAUGCAGACAAGCUGGUUACUUCAAGCACGCCCUCUUCCUAGCCGAGAAGCACAUGCAGCACGACUGGUAUCUCAAAGUACAGCUAGAAGACAUCAAGGACUACCAGAAGGCUCUCAAUUACAUCACCACUCUGGAAUUUAAUGAGGCAAUGGACAACAUCAAGAAAUAUGGCAAGAUCCUGAUGACAGAGGUACCCAAAGAGGCCACAGACUUCCUCAAGGUCCUGUGCACAGACUACAAGCCUGCUGACAGGCCCCUAGUUGACCCCUCCACCCUCUCAGGGGGGAUGCCCCCUCCCAUCCAGAGGGCCUCAGUAGAGGAGUUCAUCCAUAUCUUUGUCAACAACUCAGCACAGCUCAUGGAAUUUCUGGAACAUAUGAUCAAGGUCCAGACAGAGUCGUCCAGUCAGAUCUACAACACUCUGCUGGAGCUCUACCUCCAUGACAUGGCUCACGAAACAGAGAAGCGCCCUCGCCUGGAGCUCGAGAGGAAGGCCAUGGCAUUGCUGCAGACGGGAGAAACCAGAUACGACAUAGACCAGGCUCUUGUUCUUUGCCAGAUGCACAGUUUCCAGAAAGGAAUACUUUAUCUGUAUGAAAAAGCUCAACUCUACCAACAGAUACUCCACUUUCACAUGGAGCACGACAGUUACGAUCAAAUCAUUGAGGAUUGCAAGAGAUACGGGAACCAAGAUCCUAAUCUGUGGGUACAGGCCCUCUCCUAUUUCGCUGCCAAGGAAGAGAAUUGCAAGCCGUACAUCGUAGAAGUCCUCUCCCAAAUUGACCGAAGGAAUCUGCUGCCCCCUCUGUUGGUGAUCCAGACGCUGGCCCACAAUUCCACAGCCACACUGUCGGUCAUAAAGGAUUACAUUGUAAGACGACUACAGCAGGAGAACGAUCAGAUUGCUGAUGAUGAGAGACUGAUCAAACAAUAUAGGGAAGAGACUAAGAAGAUGAAGAGCCAGAUCGAAGAGAUGAAAACAAGCGCUAAGAUGUUCCAGGUCUCUAAGUGCAGUGUGUGCAAUCAUCCCUUGGAGCUGCCUUCUGUUCACUUCCUCUGUCAACAUUCCUACCAUCAGCAUUGCUUUGAGAGUUAUGCUGAGAAUGAGCAGGAGUGUCCUGCAUGUCUGCCUGAGAACAGGAAGGUUCUGGAUAUCAUCAAGGCACAGGAGCAGAGCAAAGACCUCCAUGAACAGUUUCAUCGACAGCUGGAAAAAUCUCAAGAUGGCUUUUCAGUUGUAGCAGAUUAUUUUGGUAGAGGAGUUUUCAAUAAGGUCACCCUUCUGACUGACUCAUUUAGUAGUCCAUCCAAGUCGGUAACCCCGGUUCAAAGGUCACAACCUAGCCAGCCAUCUAGACCACCUCCCCCAUCAGCUCAGCAAGUCAGAUCUGCAGCCGCACCACCCCGUCCCACCCCAAGUGCAAUGUCCGCUGCCCCUAGACCCCAGGGAGGUGUAUCCACCCAACAGCCGGUCAAGACCAAGGUCACCAGGGCCCCAACCGCAUCCAUGCCAAGCUCUCGCCAGCAAGCACUCCCACAGCGACCAUCCACACCCCCAACAAAAAGAACCCCACCCCCAUCCCAGCAGCCUCCACCAACCAGGUCUAUGCCUCCUCCGACCCAAGCCACGGCAAGCCGACCAAUCAGAACUGCAGACCCUCCUAAACGUGUGCAAACCCCGGCCCAGCAGAGCCAAGCUCGGAGUACCCCGCCCACCAAGGAGUACAACCCAUUUGAUGAACCCAGUGAACCAGUGAAACCUGCAUCCCAGCAAGGGCGUGGUACAGCUGCCCCCGUUGCACCAGCGAGGCGGAGCUAUUCCGGAGUUAAAGGUUCAGGCCAGGACGCCCAACCGGGCAGGGGUUCUCCAUCAUCAACUGGGGGGCAGCAAGCUGCCCCUCGGAGGCCACCCACCCCUCCUAAUCCAUUUGGUGAGGAAACAAGCUCUGAUGGAAAGAAUCCAUUUGGUGAAGAAACAAGCUCUGAUGGAAAGAAUCCAUUUGGUGAAGAAACAAGCUCUGCUGGAAAGAAUCCAUUUGGAGACGAUAUAGAUGAAGAUGACAAAAAUAACCCUUUCUUCAACUGAAAUUCUUUGAUGUUGCUGACAUGUACAUGAUAUGGUAUGUUAAUAAUCAGAAUGGUGUAAGCUUUUUGCUAUGGUGUUUGUCCCAAAGGUCCAAAAGAUGUUUACAUGUAUGUUAGCUCUUAACCCAUGGUUAAACCUCCACAUGUGUAGUUUGUGUAUAUCCUCAUGUCCAAAGAGCCUUCAAUGAUAUGUUCAUGUUCAUUUGAUAUGCUUAUAUUAGUACACCUAUCAUUGUCUAAGAUGGAGGUUUGACCUACAGGUGAUAGACCCUGGAUUAGUUCAAACAUCCCUUGUGAAUUUAAGCCUACAAAAAAAUUGUGUUGUCCAAAUUCAUGAAAUAUUACAACAUAAAGUGAUUGCAUUAUCACACAAAAUGUUGACAAUUUUGUGACAAUUUCUAAGUGGUGAAAGUGUCCACUUAUUUUAAAAUUUUGUGAAAUAUUUUGGUUGCAAACAAAAAUAUGAUUUUACAGUAUUUUCCUGGCAUGCAGACUUCCAGGUAGUCAUGAAAUAAUCGAUUUUAGAGGAAUCAUAUUUAAAGCUCAUGUACAGUAUUGACAAAUUCCCCAAAUCGGUGUGUUCAAAUUCUUUGAUGCUAGUAUGAUGCUAAUAAUGCAAAGUAACUUCACCUUUUUUCUUUUUUUUUGUGCAAAGAUUAGAUCUGGUAAUAAAGUAUGAUGGAUUGGCAAGCAAAUGCCUUCUCAGAUGUUUCCACUAGCCAGAAAUUUACAGGAUCACACUUAAUUUUCCAUUUUUAUUUUGACACUUUUUCAUAGUGUACAUAGGCUUUAUGUUGUUAUAUAUGUUCUUGUGAUGUAUUUGUAUAUUUAUUGGAGAGAUAUAUCAAACUUAGUGGUAUUACAAGGUAGGUAAUGUGUUAUUGUUUUAUGCUAAUUAAUAUUAAUUUUGGAGAACUUGCAAGCUGUCCAUCAAGAGUAAUAUUUUUAGGAUGAGAGAAUUUCAAUGCAUCUUUUGUCGUUUAAGCUUCCACCAACCUAAAGCCGUGACAGUGGACUUUUCCUGGCAAAUCAAUCCCUCAAAUUUGUGUAGUUUCUUGUUUUUUUUUAGCUAACAGUAGUUCACUGGAGCUAAGAUAUGUGACAAGGUCAUGUGACCAUCCCCACCAUUUUUUUUCUUGACCAAUGUCAAUAUACAUGCGUUUCACUGAGACUGCGAAAAAUUAUAUUUCCAACCCUCUCAUUGCUUUUGUUUUGUGUGAAAAGCCUUCAUGGAUUGAAAGGAAUUUCUUUCUGCGAUGUAUCACUGUGGUUAAAACUUGCACAUCAAUUGUUUAACAAGUUUAAAUACUGUAAACAAAGUGAUGACCAAGGAAUGAUGAUGAAUUCCAUGAGGUCAGAUUGUUUCUUCUAUCGAAAUGAUAUGAUAUCAAAUUGUUUAACAAGUUUAAAUACUGUAAACAAAUUGAUGACCAAGGAAUGAUGAGGAAUUCCAUGAGGUCAGAUUGUUUCUUCCAUCAAAAUGAUAUAUCAAAUUGUUUUAUAUCUUAAUAAUGUUCUAUUGAACCCUCUUGUAGACUUGCUUUUCCUUCAUUUUCUUUUCCAAUUACAAGAAUUAGAAUAUGGCACCUUAAGUCUACAAGUCAUGUCCAUAUUCCUUAUUUUGUUAAUAUUUGUAUACCAUUCUAUCUAUUUCAUUAUUUCAAGUUGAUGAAAAAGUAAUGUUUACAUAGAGUUAGAAUAUUAUCACAAUUUCCAGUCAAAGUUUUAUCAGUGUUUUAUCUUGCCUUAAUUGUAUAUUUAGAACAAGAAGUAUGUCUUAAUUUGGUCGAUUAAUAAAGCAACUAUAACUCUGUCAUACAUGUAAAUAUGGAAGGAAAAACAGAUUUCCAUCCUCUCUUAUGAUGUGAAGUAAAGUGUUGAUUUGAUUUUUUUUUUUUUUUGGGGGGGGGGGGAUUUAACAUGCGUUUCUAUUCUGGUAGUGAAUGGCAGGGUUAAAGAACAAAUAUAUAAAUGUUUCAGGAGUUAUUUUGGAGAAAAAAAUAUUGAUAAUACCUGAAUAUUUAACAUUUGCUGGUAUUGCAAGUAUGGUUUAAUUAAUGUACAAAGUACAACAGACUAGUGUAAGAUCAGAGAUUUAUCAUGAAUAUGAUAGUUACGUAAUAAAUGUAAUGGAAGACUUUAUAUUGAAAAAUAUA